CCAAAACGUGACACAUGGCUAUGUACUAUUAUGCUAGUAAAAUAUCAGCCAUUGCUUGUGGUACACGUUGUAGACAAACGGUUUUGCAAAAAUCUCGCGGUCAACGUGAUCGUGAUAAAAAUCAUCACCAACAUCAUACCCAGCACCACCAUAAUCAUUCAGCGCACAACCCACACCAUCACAAUCGCCAUCAUGCCGGUUCGUCGUACGGCACCGAUUGUACAACAGAUACCGAUGAUGAAUUGGACACCGAUGGCAUUUGCAUUCGCAUGCAAGCGCGCAGCGAUAACAAUGAAUUUGGUGGUAGCGGCAGUGUUAUGGCUUCGGAUGGCCGCAUUUAUGUUACUAAUACAAAUGAUAAUGGCACGACGGAAACAUCGGUGUCCACACUGGUGGCUGCUGCAAAUGGUACGAACGGCAGCAGCGGCACUAACAAUAAUAUGGAUGGCAUCCGGUAUAGAAGGCGCUAUAGCGAACAAUUGGAUGCAUACGAUAUUGAGCUUGGGUUUCAAAAAUUUGAGGUUUCCUCUGCAAACACCACUAAAAAUUCUCUCAAUGGUUAUGGUUUGGGUUACACAAAUCUGGCCAGUAGUGAUUUAGUACAAUAUGAUGUACCCAAGAAUACCUACAAACGUAGUCAAUGUGAUGUCAAUUUUGAGAGUUCUGUGCUGGGUUCUGGUGGCAUAAUGUAUAUAAAUGGUAGAAUAGUUUCUGGCCCAUUGGAAUCUCUGGUUGAUGUUUUAGUGCCAAAAAAUAUUAUAGAUUUGGAUAAGGAAUUUAUUUUUUCAUUUUUACUAUCAUCACGUUUAUAUUUACGACCCCAUGAAUUGUUGGGCAAACUAUUAUCCUCAGUACCUGAUAGUGAAUCAUUAGAAUCAUUGGUAGCAUUAUUAGCUGAAUGGACAAAUAAGUUUCCCUAUGAUUAUCGCGAUGAACGUAUGAUGAGCCAUGUUAAACAUAUCGUUGCCAGAUGUUCCAAUACACGUUUAGAAGCCAUUGUUUCGGAAAUAUUGAGUGCCUUGUUAAAACGUUUGACUGAUUUGGAAAGACAUGAAGAAGAAUUACGCUCCUGUCAAACUUCAAAUAAUGUUAUAGCAACAAUAACAACAACAGCAGCAGCCACAACAACAGAAAAGUGGGAGGCCAAACUAUUUGAAUGUCCUACAUCUACACAAUAUGCUCAAAUUCUAUGCCGCAUAGAAAAAAAGUUGGCCAAACAUAUUGGACCGGAGGAAUUUGUACAGUGCAGCAGUAAUGUCUUAUUAGAUAAACAGAAAAAAUGGGACCAACCAUCAUCCUCGGGUGGACCACCAGGCGUACAAGAUCCCAAAAAGACAUGUAAUUUGGAAACAUAUCUGGAUUGGUCAGCACGUCUACGUUUAUUUGUAUGCAACGAAAUACUGCAGUGUGGUGGCAUACAAGAGCGCAGCAGAUGUGUUGAACGUUGGAGUGGUGUGGCGCAGUAUUGUUUGUUGGUUGGAAAUUACAAUAGUGCUACAGCUAUAUUGGAAACACUAGAAUCACCGCCAAUAGCACGUUUAAAAAUCACGUGGAGUAAAUUACAAGUGACAUGUCAGCAAUUGGAUUGUAUGCAACGUCAUGCCGAAGGCCAUGGAAAUUUGUGGCAUAAACAGGCAAUCGUCUUAAAUGAGAAUCAUCAUCAACAACAACUACACGAACAGCAGAGGCAACAGCAGCAAAUGCUACAACAAAAGACUGAUAUACAUUUAACAUUAGCAAACCAACUUAUAUUAUCGACAUCAUCAUCAACGGCAACAAACGUAACAGCAUUAACAGAUACAACAACGACAACCACAACAACAACGACAGCGGAAGUGGAAGUCGAAACGGAAACAUCCUCAACAGUGUUAAGUGCGGUUUCUCAUGAAGAAUCGGGCACGGCAAUAGCAACAGCUAUAACAACAUCACCAUCAUACGGUUCAUCAAUAAUAAAGGGGGCAAUAACAGCAUCAACACCAUCAUCAUCGCCAACACUGCCUCAACCUCAACCUCAACCACCACCACCACUGCUACUACUGCCACAAACAACAGAAGAUGUUACCCAGAAACCUCUAAACCUAACAACAGCCAACACAUCUCCCAUCGCCCAUCUACAGACGACCUCAGCAAAUGCAUUAAAUUCUUUUACCGUCAUACCACUACAAUCAUCAACAACAGCGCAUGCUGCAGCAGCAACACCAACAACAGCAAAGGCUUCUGCAUCCGCCAACAAACCUAAUGAUUGGGUUGUAAUUCCGGUGUUUGCGGAUAUUGUUAAAUUAGCACUGGCAGGACGUGAAGACUGUUUGCAGCGUUUACCAAAUGGUCACAUAAAUAUUAACGCUUUUGAUCGCAUGGCAGCCAUAGUGGGUGCCUUCACAAAACACAUGCAAUCUGUUAAGACAACAGAUGCACCAUCCGCACUGUCAGCCGCACCAGCAACAACAGUCUCUACACCAGCAACAAUAGUUACAAUAACACCAGCAUCAACUAUGCAACCACCAACAAAUCCAUCUGCAACAGCGCCGGCAGCAGGUGAAUACGAAAUGUUUUGUCGUCAUAUGCAGAAAACAACGAAACUAAGUGAAAACGUGCCAACUUCUUGGCCAUUAAAUCUACCUGUAACCUGUUUAGUGAAAAGCAGCUUUGUCGCGGUAGUACGCGAUGGCCCUGUUAUCAGGAUUGCCAUACGUUUCCUGUCGUCGGUAUAA